CCCGCUAAAAGGAUGUCUGGCUAAAUAAGUUGUCCUAGAAGAUUGUAUUACUCCGAGCACGCAUUGCUUCCCUUAACACUAUACUGAUAUUCCCUGGACGUGUUUUCGGCAUCAUAUGUAACACACUCAAAAGGAUCCAUGUCUUUUCUUGCCCAUGAGGACAGUCGGGAGAGCCUGACCUCCCUCCCACGUCGGGACACGAUGGGCAGCUUCCGCCCUGACAGCGACUCCUACGAGCUCCUCACAGUUAUCGGCCGCGGUCUGGACGACUUGAUGACUGUUAACCUGGCUCGAUACAGACCUACCGGGGAGCACAUCGCCAUCCGACGGAUCGACUUGGAGUCAUGCACUAACGACAUGGUUACCUACCUGCAGGGCGAACUGCACGUGUCAAAGUUAUUUCACCACUCCAGUAUUCUACCCUACAAGAGCGUCUUCAUAGCUGAGAAUGAGCUGUGGGUCAUCACGCCCUUCAUGGCUUAUGGGUCAGCCAGAGAUCUCAUCUGCUCACAUUUCACCGACGGUAUGAGUGAGCUGACCAUCGCGUAUAUUUUACUAGGCAUGCUCAAAGCUCUUGAAUACAUCCAUCACAUGGGAUAUGUGCACCGGAGCGUGAAGGCCAGCCAUGUGCUGAUCUCAGCAGACGGGCAGGUCUGUAUGUCGGGUCUGCGGAGCAUCUUCAGCCUGAUCCGUCAUGGCCAGAGGGCCAAAGUGGUCCACGACUUCCCCCAGUACAGCGUCAAGGUGCUGCCCUGGCUCAGCCCCGAGGUGCUGCAGCAGAACCUGCAGGGCUACGACUCCCGGUCAGACAUCUACAGCCUCGGUAUCACAGCUUGUGAACUGGCCAACGGACACGUGCCCUUCAAAGACAUGCCGGCUACACAGAUGCUGCUGGAGAAACUAAACGGGACGGUGCCAUGUUUGCUGGACACCACCACCAUCCCUCCGGAGGAACUGUCCUUGAAACCGUCUCGCUCCGGGGCCGACUCCGGGAUCUGCGAGGGGCCAGGGGCCGGAGGGAUCCGCCACUCCAACGGAGAGCCCUCCUCGUCGUCGGGAGGACACCCCUACAACCGGACGUUCUCCCCACACUUCCACGCAUUUGUUGAGCUGUGUUUACAGCGAGACCCGGAGAAGAGACCGUCUGCCACCACUCUCACAGGCCAUCCUUUCUUCAAACAGAUCAAACGGCGGCCCUCGGAGGCGCUGCCCGAGCUGCUGAGGCCCGUGUCGCCCAUCACCAGCUUCGAGAGCUCCCGGCUACAGGGCUCUCCCUCCGGACUGGCCAGUCUGGAGUCGGGUCUCAGCCACCUGGACAUGGACGACUGGGACUUCUGACAGUGGUUGAGACGGUGGGGAGACACUCGUAGGAUCCUGACGAGAAACUCUCUGAGCAGACGGGACGAGAUUUGUUUUUGUAACAGUCUCCUUGUAAAUAACACAAAUCUCAAUCUUAAGGGACGGGGGCUAAAGGGCUGUUCUCGGAGGUCGGAAGCCAGCAGCCUUCUCGCCUCUUUUUGAUGUCUCUUGUACGCUUUUUCGUUCUCUAGAUAUGCACAGACUUUUGCACUGCACUGAAGGCCUCUUUCUCUCACACAGACACACACGUUUACACAGAUUGUACUCACACAUUUUUAAAGCCCCCCCCCCUGGAGCCAAAACACAACAAGGACUCCUCUACUCCUCAGUGGAGGGUCUGUGGAUGUAGAUGUAGCCCAGUCCUGAAGAUUCUCAUGAAACGGAUCAGUGGGAAGCUGCUACUAAAUAUUCAGAGGGGACGCUCUACCUCUUGUUUGAACACGGCUACUCGAUGUGGCCCAUCUGCUCAGUGAGACCACCAUAAGGGCGCACACUGGUCCUCACAGCUGACUCGGUGAACCCUCUUGGAAGGUUUCAUGCUCGUCCGGAGGGUCCACUAAAUGAGAAGCAUGUAUACUUAUUUCUUAGCUCUCUGCCUGUGUUACAGUCUUAAACUACAUCUCAUGCUUCACGCAUCACUUUCGUCGCACAGAGGUUAAAAUAUAACAUCCGUUUAGUUUAACCUUCAGAGCAUAGAAGUAUGUAUUUCCUUGAACUUACUCUGGGCGUGAUGUUACUUAUGUCAAACGUGAAUGUUACAUUUGGUGCUUGUUUUUGUCUGGUUGCAUGUAUUUGAAAUUGAGGUCAAAGCAAAGUGUUGCAAAUGUUGAGUUUUACUUAAGAAUAAAGUGUUCACUUUAAUGUUUUAACUUUAA